UUGUCUUCUGCCUUUGAAACGUCUUAUGAGCCAUUCUUUUUAGAAGUUUUAAAAUUGAAGAAAGUGUUGAAACAAUCGAAUCGCCAAGAGAUUUCAAUGGAUGCUGAUGACAAUUUCUAUAGCGGCACCGAAUACGCCGACAACGAUUCCGAUUACGCCGAAAGCGCCGACGCCGACUACGAGUUCGUCGAAGCUGACGUCGAUGAUUCCGAUGACCUCGUUUUCCGCCGUCGCCAGCAAAAUUAUAGUGUGCUAAGCGAGGCAGAUAUAUGUCGGCUUCAAGAAGAUGAUAUUUCCAGGAUUUCUUCUGUAUUGUCGAUUUCAAGAAUUUCUUCUGCUAUCCUGCUUCGUUACUACAAUUGGUGUGUUAGUAGAGUUCAUGAUGAAUGGUUUGCCAAUGAGGAAAAAGUCCGAGAUGCCGUCGGCUUGUUGGAGAAACCUGUUGUUGAUUUUCCAUCUGAUGGAGAACUUGAUUGUGGAAUAUGUUUUGAGACUUUCCUUUCUGAGAAAUUGCAUGCUGCUGCUUGUGGUCACCCGUUUUGCGAGUCAUGCUGGGAAGGUUAUAUGACCACCGCGAUUAAUGAUGGUCCAGGGUGUCUUAUGUUACGAUGUCCAGAUCCUUCUUGUAAUGCUGCUAUUGGUCAGGAUAUGAUCGAUUUGUUAGCUCCUGAUAAAGAUAGGGAGAAGUACAGAAAUUAUUUUGUCAGAUCAUAUGUUGAAGACAAUAGAAAGACCAAGUGGUGCCCUGCUCCAGGCUGUGACUAUGCUGUAAACUUUGUUGUUGGAAGUGGUAAUUAUGAUGUGAAUUGUCGCUGUUGUUACAGUUUCUGCUGGAAUUGUGCUGAAGAAGCUCACCGUCCUGUAGAUUGUGACACCGUUGCUAAGUGGGUAUUGAAGAAUAGUGCUGAGUCUGAGAAUAUGAACUGGAUUUUGGCAAAUUCCAAGCCCUGUCCAAGAUGUAAACGGCCAAUAGAGAAAAACCAGGGUUGUAUGCAUAUUACAUGCACCCCACCAUGUAAAUUUGAGUUCUGCUGGCUCUGUCUUGGAGCAUGGUCAGAGCAUGGUGAGAAGACAGGUGGCUUUUAUGCUUGUAACCGUUAUGAAGCAGCGAAGCAAGAUGGCAUUUAUGAUGAGACUGAGAAACGCCGAGAGAUGGCAAAGAACUCUCUUGAGAGAUAUACCCACUAUUAUGAAAGAUGGGCAACCAAUCAAUCGUCUAGGCAAAAGGCGCUGGCGGAUCUUAAGAAGAUGCAAACAGAUGAUAUUGAGAAACUCAGUGACAUACAAUGUCAGCCUGAAUCACAACUAAAGUUCAUUAUAGAAGCGUGGCUACAGAUAGUCGAAUGCAGACGAGUUCUAAAAUGGACAUAUGCGUAUGGUUUUUACAUACCUGACCAUGAGCACGGCAAGAGACAGUUUUUUGAGUACUUACAAGGUGAAGCUGAGUCGGGCCUUGAACGACUUCAUCAAUGUGCUGAAAAAGACCUGAAAUUGUACUUCGAGGCCAAAGGUCCAUCAGAAGAUUUUUACGAGUUCCGCACAAAACUCGCAGGUUUAACAAGUGUCACCAAAAACUAUUUCGAGAACUUGGUUCGAGCGCUGGAGAAUGGGCUACCGGAUGUGAGCUCGCAUGGCGCAUAUGAUCGAACCUCAAGCUCAAAGAGCUUAGGUGGUAAAAACAAGGGAUCAAGUUCUCGAGCCAGCACCCAAUGGUCUUGCGAACGUUGCACUUAUGUAAACACAAAGUCGGUCACAAUUUGCCAAAUGUGUGAAAGUGGUCGGUGAAAAACGCCAGCAAGAACUGUAAAUUGUUGGUGUUAAAGACUGUAACAAUCAUAUUUUGGUCAAGUAAGAGUGUCUUUGUAACAUUGUAUGUUUCUUUUGGAAUUGAAAUAAAACGGAUCCAAUAAAUUGGAGUGGAUA